AUGGCGUCGUCAUCCCAGCCCUCUGCCUCCUCCGCCCCACCACAGGGCGACGUACCACGCUCCAUCUUUGGCACUGAUCCUCUAGACGACUUCCUCCUCAGCAUCUCCUCGUGGAUCUACCACACUUCACAAGGCGGCCAUCUCCUUGGCCCAGACGUCGAUGGCGAGAUCGAGAUCGAGGCCAAGCUGGGCACCCUCAUUGACACGCGCACAAAUCAGCGCAUCGUCCACCCUGUAGCUCACGAUGUCGUUCUGUCAAAUCCGAGCAACACCCGCUUCGUGAGCGGAAUGAGUCAGGAGGCGCAUCGCCAUUUCAAUGGACUCCUCAACGGCCUCUGCCAGCCUGCUCAAGGGAGGCCGAGGGUGCAGUACAAGCGUCACAAUGAGAUUGACUAUUUCCACGGCACUGGGCGGGGGGAGAGAUUGCGCGUUACCAAGGAGGCGGAGAGUCUUCGCACGAAGCCGAGGGGUUGUAUCGUCAAGCAUCGACUGGGCAAUCUCGAGGUGCACUGCCCGGGUAGACAUUUCGAUUUCAGGAUAUCGGUCAAUCUCGAAGUGCAAGCUACCGAGCCCGGCCCAGACCAAUCCACCGACUUCUAUCGCGAGAAGAAUCGACUGUCCUAUACGCACGAAGGUGGCAUGCGCAUCGACCUCACGCAAGUGACUGUUCCCCCCUCUGGCUCCGGCGAGGCUACUCUCCAACACGAGCUGGAAGUAGAGCUCUCCACGCCUCCCAACUGUAAUUGGGGUGGGGAGGAGACGACACUGAACGGGGAGAAGGGCGGGCAUGACUGGACAGAGUAUGAGGAUAUGGUGGCGAGGUUUGUCAACGAUGUGAGGCUAUUGAUCAGGAACGCACAGGGGAGAUAG